AUGGCUCCAAAGUCCAUCGCACCGCCCCCCCCCCUCCCCCCUCACUCCGUCUCCAGAUCCCUCUCCUCUCUUUCCGCUUUCGGCCUUCCUCCUAGUUCUUCGGCCUCGCUCUCCUCUCUCUUCUCGGCCAUGUCUUGCUCUCCCGGUCGCCAGCGUCCCCCUGCCACCUUAGAGGAAGGAAGUGUGUCGAAGACAAUCGUAACGAAGGAUGGUGAGGUUGUUGUUACGGUUUCGGCUUGCAACGCCAACAUCUUCAACGAAAACCACAUCUAUUGCGAUACCUACGGCUACGCUCAAGUUCGCUCGAAAUCCUCAUCUCAAGAUUUCGUUAUCAAGUCGCUUCACAGGCUCGUCUUUCCUCACCCGGUUCCAAAAGGCAAGUCCGCUUCAUUACUUCCCCACCCCCCGCCCCCCCCCCCCCCCCCUCCGGCGCCGGGGCUCUAUACCGUCCAGCUUACCGAUUUCUUUGUCUUUUUAUCUACUACUUCAGGCUUUGUCGUCGAUCAUAUUGACCAGAACCGUUUGAACAAUGUUCUGUCAAAUCUUCGUCUUCUCAGUGCAAGUGAUAACGCCCUCAAUGUCACUCGCAAAAAAAGGUCUAAUGCAGGAUUCACUGGCGUCACGAAGAACUCCACCGGCUCUGGUUACACUGCCCGUCUUCGGGGUAAGUCGCUGGGAACGUUUCCGACUGCUCAAGCGGCUAAGGCGGCGAGGAUCCAGAAGCUGCGGGAGGAGGGUAAGGACGAUCUUGCCGAUCUGGAAACCGAACCGGAACUCACUGCGACCGACGUUAAGUUCCUCAAGGAGCACAAGGGCAAGAAGAAGAGGACUUCGCCUGGCACGGGCCAGGUCGCCAAAGUCAACUCUGGAUUCAUGGCGCUGCUGCGUGGCCGAUACCUGGGGUUUAGCAAGACGAAACAGGGUGCCGAGGAAAUUUUGCGACAAGGUGUUCAGAAGGAAGCGGAGGAGGAAGCACGCCAGGCUCAACUCGUUGUGAUACCUCGAACUACUGAGGGCCAUGCAUAUUUGUUGGCGACUUGUGGCGCACAGGUCCUUGUGGACGACGACAUCUACAUGAAGUAUCGAAGGAGGGUGGUUUCACUCCAAAGGGGCUAUCCAAUCGUAGCCAACAAGCCACUGCACUCACUAGUUGUUCAACUUAGAGCCGGAGAAGAUUGCAUCGAUCACAUCAACCACAACAAGCUGGACAACCGCCGCGCGAAUCUUCGAGGAACGACUUACGCAAUCAAUGCUCGAAACAAGAAAGCGAGGUCCAAGACAGGCUACCUUGGCAUCCUCCGUCUGCCGUCCGGUAACUACCAGGCGCGAGUCUGGAACACGAAAGUGACGCCUCAUGUCGAAGUUGCUCAAGUCUUCUGCGAUCUCGAGAAAGCGGUUCGUUGGCGUCAAAAGACGUGGUACCGAAUCUACCCUGAAGACCGACCCGGAUACGACUCCGGCAAAGAGGCAACCCUGGACACUGGCGAGGACUUCACGUCGGUGUCGGACGAUUCAAUCGCGAUCUCUGGCGAUUCCACUGUGAUUAUUUCAGAUUGCGACGAAAGUGAAGACUGA